AUGGGGAAGGGCUCGAGGACUGGCUGCAAGUCGGCCUCCCACCAACUUUUUAAAGAUAAGGCGAAGAACCGUGUGGAUGAUCUCCAAGGCAUGUUUAAUGACCUUCAGUUUGCCCGGAAGGAAAGCCGCUCGAGUGAUGUGGCUAUCCUGGAGGAGCAGGUGAACCAGAUGCUCCGUGAGUGGAAGGCCGAGCUCAAUGAGGCGUCUCCUGCUUCUUCCUUGAUUGUAGUCUACUCUCUUCAUCACACCACUCUAUUUCAUAUUUUUGUUCCUUUUUGUCACGGGUUAGAUCUGAGUCCCAUUUACUCUGUUAUGGUAUCCGGUGGCUGGUUUGCAUAGGGAGCGAGUCAUGUCUCUUCGGAUCUUUCCUCGGAUAUCCGUCGCCUCCUGCAGCUCUGUGAGGAGGAGGAUGAUGCCACUAGCAAGUUGGCGGAAUCGCCACACCUCAACCCUAAGCCUGAGCCUGAUGCGCAGGAAAAUUGCAUUCGGCGUCUUCAAGAGGCUAAGGUUGCUGCCUAUCAAGAGGUGACUUUUCUUGGGUUGUUCUUACGCUGCGGGGUUUCUGGCAUUCCAAUUGGUUUCUAUUCUGAGGAUCACAUAUUACAGUUCUCUCUGUGGACUAUUCGGAUUCGACAAAAUUAUUAAUAGAAUAUUUUUCAGAUAGCCUACACUUCAAGUGACAUUGAAUAAGUCUGCGUUGUCCAUAACAUUCGACAAUGGGCUCUUUCUAAACUUAUGUAACAGAUCACAAAAGUCACCUUCGAGGCGAAAUUUUAUUUGGUAUUGGAGUAAGUUUUGUUCUUUGAUCCACAUCUUAAAUGCCAAAGGUAUCCGUCAAAGGAACACUGUCUCCGUAAAAACGCAAACAUCCUAAUCCUGUUCAAACAUCCUGCAAGAGGAAAAAUCGAAGUCUCUUUUUUUUUAGAAACUUUCAUCUCUCGUGCUUCAUCUGCGAGAUGUCUUGGGGGGACCAUAAAGGACGGAUUCGUCAAGCCCCUCUUCUUUUUACAGACGUAUUCUUUAGUGAAAAAAUUUCACUCGCAUCAUGCUUCGUGAGAAUUUCGGUAUUCACUUCUGAUGUGGUUUUCUCUAAAUAAGCAUCAAACAUACGUAUUAGUCUUAGAUACCCAUAAGAUCCAAAUUUCAGGGUAUUGUUUGUAAAUGGGUCUCACCAGCGGCUUGAUUUAGAUAGGUAGGAUGUCUGUUGCUAGAUAAGUUAUGCUGAGCAUCUAAAUUAUUUGGAUAGGGGUGCAUAUGAGCUGGGUGUUGUAGACCUCGUUUUAUCGAUGCUAGUAUCUGAAAGAGGGUCUUAAUUAAGUUGGGUCAGUGGUCAAAUGUAAGAGUUGGUAGGAAGCAAUUGUGAUUGCAUUGAAUGUGCCUAUUUGGGAGUGUUAGUCUGACAGGAAUCCUAUAGAAUUGGGAAGGAUUAUGAAAGAUUGUAUCAGGCUAGUUUUGUUGGAUCAUACACAAUAGCUAAUAAGUGUGUAGGGGGGGGAAAUUCUUUGAUUUGCAUGUCUAUCUAAAUAAUAGUAAUGUUUCUUGCUUGACUAAAGAUGCGAUUUUUAGUGUUCUUUGACAUAAAAGCGGUUAUAAUGUGUUCUGACUUGUUGGGGACUACACACGCAUAUUAUUGAGAUAUGCAUGUUUUAAAGAUAUUCCCUUACAUAUUUUUGGGAGUGCAGCACAGUAAAUAAUAAAUACAUGUUAAAAUGUAAGAUAUAUGAGUCAUCGUAGGUGGACAUUACAGAAGAAUACAGCAGGAAGAAAAUAAUAGUAUUAAUGUGGUAGUCAUGACAACCAAUGGAGUCAAAUGCCGCGCAUUAAGUUGUCGUAUUAGUUGUAAUGAAGUGAUUGGAGUAGGAUGAGAGCAUUAAUGUAAACAACGAACAGCAAGUAAAAAUUGUACAAUGUCUAUAGACUGCAAAACAAUACGAAAGGUAUCAACAAAAGUAUAAAAGAAGCCAGUAAAAUCAGUCUACAAUGUCCGACUGUAAUCAAUAGCAUCAACAGAGCUCAGUUGGAUUAUGCAACUAUGAGACAGAUGAUUCUGUGCGGUUAGAUAAUCCAAUUGCAUUGUGUUAAGCAUUUCUUCAAUAUUUAUGAGUAAUCAUAAAUUGUUAAUUGUGUAGGACUUGAUAGAUUGUUUUAUGUACAGAUAAUUCACCUUGUUAGUCAUACUCCUAUAAUUGUGUAGAGAGAAACAGAUGGUCAACAUCAACCAACCCCCCCCCCUGCGUUGAUUGGGACGACCAGUUGUUGUCAUAAACAGUUGUCUACCUGUUUGUUGGGACGAUCAGAGUCUUCUACUGUCCAAUUAUAGUGUGCUUGAAUAUGUCUACAGUCGGUAAUAAUAAGGAAGCCGUAAUGGAUUACUUUGGCAGGGUAAUGAUAGUACACAGGCAAUCCUGCUGCAAUACAUUUGGCCCCGGUUGUUUGGGGGGGACUCUUUGUAGCAUGUGACUGACAAACGGGGGUAAAUUGUGUUUCUAAUAUUAAAAAAAAUUAAAAAUAAAAUUGCUGUCAAUUUUGGGUAUAUAAUCCUUCUCCUAGGAUCCAAAUCAUGAAGUACAUUACGUUGCUUCAUGGGACUAGCGAUUCUGAUUUGCUGUGAUUUUUUAAAAUAAGUAAUUGCCUCCUUUCCAAGAUUGGGUAAUGAUUUCCUCUUCCUUAUUCCACUACCCUUUCCUUCCCGUUGUUGUUUUAAUUAUUAGUGUCACUCUUUUUUCCUGUCUAUCGUUCUUUGACUGCUUUUGUGGUAUCCAAGAUCGGCAGUGGUGCUUUGUGGCUUUUGGUUGGGCCUCUGAUAUUAAACGGCGGCAGUGGAAGUGGUCUGCUGAGUCUCUAUUGCACCAAAUAUCAAUCAUUUAUUCCUAAAAUGUAUAGUGGAGAAAGGAGGAUUUUAAAUCUCUCUUCGUGCUUCAAGAGUCGAGAACCAAUUUCUGGCUGACUCUGCCCAUUUUAGAGUAACUCUGGAAUUUUGUUUUCUGAAUUUUCUUAGUAAAGUCGACAGUAGAAUCCGACUGAAUAGGAUCAACUAGCAUCGAUUCCUAUCUUCAAGCUUUGUGUGGUGUCUUGCUGUCUUACUGUGACUCUGGUAGAUUUUUUUCAUACAGCUUAAAAUGUUUAAAGAAUGAAUGUCUUGAACUGUGAAAUGAAUAUUAACUGAUAAGAAAAGAGGUUUCCGCUUUUGGGCUAGCAGAAGGUGUGAAUGUGUUGAAGGUCAAUGCCUUCGCCGAAUUAAAGUAGUUGGAUCGAGUAAUCUUAAUUUGAGAAAUAUCUCGUAACAUAGACAUCCCAAUGUAGCAUAAGUUAGCGGUUCACAAUGCUUCUCUUUUACAAUAUAUGACUUCGGUAUGAGGCAUUUUAGGAUCAAAAUACCAAGUGUUGUAGAUCUCUACGGGGAUGAAGAUUAGCCUGUGUUAUUUGUAGCAAUGGUUAUUUGGGAUCCCAGUAUUUAUCAGGAUCAUGUGAGUAUCAUGAUCAAAGCUUGUAAAUCUGUUUUGCUAUCUGUAAGAGUUUUUUCUAUAGGCUCAUUCAAGUUGAAGUUAGGAUGGCAGAAGUUGCCCCUGAGUGCCAUCAGAAAGAUUGCCAAAGCAGGGAAGAAAUGUGACAUUACAAUGGAAUAUAUUAUAAAUAUACUAAAUUUGAGGCAAUUUCAUGAACUAAGCUGGCUGCUAUCCAUUCUGGGAUUUCUAGGUGAGCUAUUUUGCAAAGCCUGCGGGACUGCAGUCAGGUGUCAACUGUCUUAAAGAUAUUCCCCGCCAUCUAGUUAGCAAUUUAAUUUUCAGUAUUGCGUGUCUUAUUUUUCUGUGAAAGACAUACAGCUGGUGCUGUGGAUCGAAACUAGUUAUUCUUUUGCCAAUCAAACCGACUAAAUUAAAAGCAUACCAACUAUUUCCUUUUUCUUUCUUCUAGUUCACUUACACCUAGGGUCACAUUUUGUAAGGCUUUUUGUGAAUCUGACCUACCAAACAACUUAACCUUGGGUCCCAGAACAGAAUGCAGAGAAAUAAUGACUAACAGAAGGCAUUGUUGACAGCUGUUUCUGACUUCAAGUUCCUGUUGCUGCACAUUCCGGUUUUUAGAACCCAGACGUUGCUGCUGCUCUAUUCUUCUGGUGGUCUAAGUUGCCGUUUAGUAGAGCGGUUGAACAUCCUUGUGCAAAUACAUUCACAUAUCUCAAUUAGGUCAAAAACAUGACAAUGAAAUCAAAGAUUUCAUUGUCAUGUUUUUCUUCUCAGUCAAUAUACAUUCAUAUAACCUUAAUGCAUCGACCUUCCCAUCGCACUUUGCACGACAUUUAGGCGAUGUUUGGCCUCUUUCUUUGUGGUUCUUGUAAGCCGUAUUCAACAUACGCAGGUAAGGGAGAGAUAAAUUUAAAAAUGAAAAAUGAAGGAUAUUUAAUAUGUAUGACUUCUUUUCAAUGUCCUCUUAGUGAUAUGUGUGAGUUAAUUUAUUUCAGUUGUUCUCAAGUGCCUCCAGAUAUUUUGCUACUAUGCACGAGAAAUGAAGUAUUUUUUUUUAUUAAAAACAAUUUUCCUCCCAAGGGGUUAUCUUUCUUACAUAAAAAAGAAACAAUUAUGUCGCAUCUAUAUCACUUUAUUGAUUUUCCAUUGCAUCUUCAGCUACCUGGUCUUCAACACUAUUCUCUGUAUUUUGGUUGAAUUCCAGAUAAUCAUGGGUCAUCAAUUUGCCACCGUUCAAUGUUAUUUGAUUGCAAUCAGUAGAUUUGUUAACUCCAAACUAUGCAUCCUUUAAUGAUUCUCAAGUAUUACCAUCUUUCAUUAAUUCACUUUUUCCAAAUUCAGAUCAACUCACAUCAUGUUCAUCAUUCAAAUUCGUAGGGAUAUUACGCUGAUAGAUUGACAAGUUCAAUAGUAUAUAGUGAAGGAUGUUCUGUGCGUGAUAAAAAAGUAAAGGAUGAUAUUUGCCCAGCCCCGAGUCUUUAAUAAAUUAUAUUUAUUAUAAAUGUCUACACAUCACAUUUUGACUUAUUAAUUUAUUUACUUGACGAGAAUAAUUGCAGUCGUCCUAUCUUACAAAAUUUAAUGCGCUUCUAAAGAAGCUUACAACGUACAUUCUUUUUUUCUGCAUAUAAAACUUAUGAUGUACUUAUCAGCAUGUUAGCCGUUAUUAUCUCAACUCUUGGGUUUGUUUUCCUUUUUCAAAUCUUAACACACUUGCAUGUUUGUGGCACUACCCUCUUUGAGGUAAGCCGUAAAAAGUAUAAUUGCGCUUGGAAUAAUCUUGCUUUUCACUUCAUUGCUUGAGUUACCUUCCUUCUCUUUACGUUCUCAUUGAAUUAUUCUAUUUCCGAAUCAUGCAAUUUUCCUUUCAUGCAUGUAGCUUAAAGGAAUUUAUUUUAUUUUAUCUUAUUUGAACGGAAUUUUUCCUUAUUUGUUACAAAGAGUUUUUUUUUAUAUUACCACUGAUGUAUGCUUCGGGAAAAGGUUGGUUAUGUGGGCUGAAACUUUUCCCUUUGAAACAUCGUUAUUAAACUACUCCAAGAUAGCAGCAGCACCAGUUUGUUCUUUUAUUUGGUUGAGACGCCAUCUAUGUUAUUUUGAAAGACUAAUCUGACACAAUUUUCAUUCUGCAUACGGAGAGGAUGUUUUAAUUGGCAGGCUCUAGAUAAUGUUUCUCUGUAUUAACGAGUGACAACUCUAGGAGUUUUUACUCUGCAUUAGGACAGAUCUGGUGUUCUAUUUAUUGAUUUAGACUCACGUCUACUCUCAGGAUUAUUAUGUGCAUCAGGAGCUGUCAGAACAUGGGUUCCAAGAUGUAGAUGUCUGCAAAACAAAUGUGUCUAUCGGAUUACAUCAUGGCAAUGUAGAUUGCAUGGAGGCUGGAGAUCGUUUGGAUUAUCAACAGUUCAACAUUCAUCAAGAGUUACCGCAUGAUCUUUUCCUUCAGUAUGAUAAUGGUGGACGACAUGGAGAGAAUGUGGCACAACAUAUUUCUGACUUACUUCCAGCAAUAUGCCCACCAGCUUCUGCAUUCUUAAGGCCUAAAUGUGCGCUAUGGGAUUGUCCAAGGCCUGCUAAGGGAUCAGAUUGGUUCCAAGAUUAUUGUAGUUGUGUUCAUGCCAUUUUGGCACUAAAUGAAGGCCCUCCCGGUAUGAAUCCCGUUCUUCGCCCUGGGGGCAUCGACUUGAAGGAUGGUCCUCUUUUUGCUGCUCUCAUUGCCAAGACUCAAGGAAAGAAUGUUGGUAUUCCAGAGUGUGAAGGAGCUGCAACGACAAAGUCUCCUUGGAAUGCUCCUGGUACACGAUCUAUUCUUUCUGGUUUACCACGUAAUUUGUCUCAUUAAUUUGCUCAUAAACCCACGCCACCUGCCUCACAUGCAUCAUAAACAUAUUCUGUUGUAGUCUGCCGUUGAAUGAUCAAUGAGACAACUAGAUUAUGUCGUUAAAUUAUAUCAGCUUACUCCACUUAUGGGCUACUAGUUUCGAAUCAGAUUGAAUAAGAAUGAUUGAAUGUGUCUAGUCCAUUCAUUUCCCAUGAAUUCUGUGUUGGAAAAGAACUGACUUUUUCACGGUUUUAAUUCACUGGAAGGAAAGUCAACCAUGUACCUGUGGCAAUUCUCACUGCUUUAUCAUUCCAAUUCUGCAGAACUCUUCGACCUUGCAGUCCUCGAAGGUGAAUCAAUGAGGGAAUGGCUCUUCUUUGACAAGCCUCGAAGGGCAUUUGAGAGUGGAAACCGUAAACAGCGAUCCUUGCCGGACUACAGCGGGAGGGGUUGGCACGAAUCGAGGAAGCAAGUGAUGAAGGAAUUUGGAGGGUUGAAGAGAUCCUACUACAUGGAUCCACAACCGUUGACCAACUUUGAGUGGCAUCUCUAUGAGUAUGAGAUCAGUCAUUGCGACGCCUGCGCCUUGUACAGGUUGGAGCUCAAGUUUACUGAUUCAAAAAAGAGUGCCAAGGGAAAAGUGUCCUGUGAUUCCCUCGUCAACCUUCAGCAACAGAUGGGGAUGCUCAAUGCAGAGCCUCCCCUAGAUACCAAGCGCUCGGCCAAAGGCAGGACCAAGUUCAGUCAGAAGGACACUCCUGGUAAUGUCUGCCUGUCUCUGGUCAGUGUCAACCAUGACAAUAACGGAGGGCCCCUCUAUCCUUCCUCAGAGCACGGUGGCCCAGCAGCAGAGAAUUAUGUCUAUGGUCCGAGCAUGCCUUAUGGUUACUCAGUCGAGAGCCUGAAUUCUAUCAUGCAUCGUGACAUUACCUAG